CCCCUGGCUUUCACUUGCCGUUUCUUUUCCAAUGCAACCCGGUGGUUGACUUUGGAAGGUGAAGGUUUCAUUUAAAGGCGAAGUCUUGCUCCAAUUAAGCAUACUAGAAUGAAUGAUAUUGAUGGCGAAUGAUGAAUACGAUGUUUUUCUGAGUUUUAAGGGUGAAAACGGGACCCGCUACACAUUCAGCGAUCAUCUCUUUCGAGCUUUGCUCCGUCACGGGAUCAACGCCUUCAGAGACGACCAGAGUCUGAGGAGCGGCGAUGAACUCGCUCCUUCUCUGAUUCAGGCAAUCGAAACUUCCACAAUCUCAGUUCUUGUGCUCUGUCAAAACUAUGCAUCUUCCACUUGGUGCCUUGAAGAACUCGUUAAGAUCAUUCACUGUUAUGAAAACAAAGGAAAACAUGUUCUACCGAUAUUUUACUUGGUGGAACCUUCGGAUGUGCGGUAUCAGAAAAACAGUUAUGCAACUGCCAUGACUAAACAUGAAAACAGAUACGGAAUGGACUCCGAGAAGGUAAAAGCAUGGCGAUCAGCUUUGUCAAGAGUAUGCGACCUAACUGGAAUACAUUACAGGAACCAUAUGUAUGAAACCGAUGUUAUUGAGAAGAUUGUUAAAGACACCUCAGCUAAACUACCUCCCAUGCCUUUACAAAUUAAGCAACUAGUUGGACUUGAUUCUCGCUUUGAACGGGUGAAAUCUUUGAUAGAUAUUAAUUCUAAUGAUGUCGUUUGCAUGCUGGGGAUUUAUGGAGUUGGAGGAAUAGGCAAAACCACAUUUGUUGUGGAUUUGUAUAACAAGAUCAGACAUCAAUUUGAAGCUGCAAGUUUUCUAGCUAAUGUCAGAGAAAAAUCAAAUAAAAGCAUUAAUGGCCUGGAAGAUCUCCAAAGGACACUUUUGUCUGAGAUGGGUGAGGAGACACAAACCAUUAUGGGCUCUACAUUUAGAGGAAGCUCUGAAAUAAAACGCAAGCUUAGACUUAAAAGAGUUCUUCUGGUUCUGGAUGAUGUUGAUACUGUAAAACAAUUGGAAUCACUAGCUGGCAGAGAUGAUUGGUUUGGUCCAGGUAGCAGAAUCAUUAUAACAACAAGAGAUGAAGAUGUUCUACAUAAGCAUGAAGUUAAAAUCAAAAGAUAUAAGCUGGAGGAGCUAAAUUAUUAUGAAUCUCUUGAACUCUUUUGUUGGUAUGCCUUUAAUAUGAGCAGACCCGCAGAAAACUUUGCAAACAUCUCCACUCUUCCAGUAAGGUAUGCAAAGGGUAUUCCGUUGGCAUUAAGAGUAAUAGGGUCCAAUUUGAAGGGUAGGAGUGCAGAGGAAUGGCAAAUUGAAUUGCAGAAAUAUAGGAAGGUUCCAGAUGAUGAAAUUCAAGGUGUAUUGGAAAUAAGCUACAAUAGCCUAUCUCACUUGGACCAAAAUGUUUUCCUGGACAUUGCUUGUUUCUUCAAAGGGGAAAAAUGGGAUUAUGUCAAAAGAAUACUAGAAGCUUGUGAUUUCUACCCGAAUAUACGAGUAUUUGUUAGUAAAUGUCUCAUAACUAUCGAUGAAAAUGGCUGCUUGGAAAUGCAUGAUCUAAUACAAGACAUGGGUAGAGAGAUUGUUCGGAAGGAAUCACCAUCAAACCCUGGUAACCGGAGUAGAUUAUGGUUUCAUAAAGAAGUUCAUGAAGUACUUGAAGAAAAUUCAGGAAGUACUAGAAUUGAAGGAAUAAUGCUUCAUCCCCCGAAACAAGAAAAAAUAGAUCAUUGGACUUUUACAGCCUUCAAGAAGAUGAAAAACCUCAGAAUUUUGAUUGUUCGCAAUACAAUAUUUUCCUUUGGUCCUAGUUAUCUACCAAAUAGUUUACGGCUACUUGAUUGGAAGGGUUACCCAUCAAAGUCUUUUCCACUAGACUUUUAUCCCCAUAGAAUUGUUGACUUCAAGUUACCUCAUAGUUUUCUGAUAUUGAGAAAGCCAUUUCAGAAAUUUGAGGAUUUAACAUUCAUCAAUCUUUCCCAUUGUCAAUCCAUAACUCAAAUUCCUGACCUAUCUGGAGCUAAAAAUGUAAAAGUUUUUAUACUUGACAAGUGUCAUAAACUGGUAAGGUUUGAUGAAUCCAUUGGAUUUAUGCCUAAGCUUGUGUAUUUAAGUGCUUCAGAGUGCACUGUGCUCACAAGUUUUGUGCCAAAAAUGUAUUUUCCUUCUCUCGAAGUCCUUUCAUUUAAUUUGUGCAGAAGACUUGAACACUUUCCACAUGUAAUGAAAAAAAUGGAUAAGCCAUUAAAGAUACACAUGAUGAGUACUGCCAUUAAGGAGCUUCCCAAAUCCAUUGGUAAUCUUACUGGGCUUGAGCAUAUAGACAUGUCAAUAUGCAAAGGGCUUGAAAGUCUAUCAAGUAGCUUCUUAUUGCUUCCAAAACUCGCCACUUUAAAAAUUGAUGAAUGCUCUCAACUUGGAGGAUCAUUUAAAAAGUUCAAAGAAAGCCAUUCAUUGGCAAAUGGCUGUCCAAAUUUAGUGAAACUUCAUUUCUGUGACGCUAAUCUAUCAGGUGAAGAUAUUUAUGCCAUUCUUGAAAUUUUUCCAAAAUUGGAAGACUUAAAUGUAUCACAUAAUGGAUUUGUAGCCCUACCAAAAUGCAUCAAAGGAUCUUUUCACUUGAAAAGUCUCGAUGUGAGUUUUUGCAGGAAUCUUAGGGAAAUUCCAGAGCUUCCCUUAAGUAUUCAAAAAGUAGAUGCAAGACAUUGUCUGUCCUUAACUUUAGAGGCAUCCAGCGUGCUAUGGUCUAAGGCCUCAAAUGGAAGAAGACAAGUUGUGAUGCCGAUGCUGAGAAAGGAAAUACCUGAAUGGUUUGACUGCAUUUGCACUCAAGAGAUUCCGCAUUUCUGGGCUCGCAGAAAGUUUCCCAUUGUUUCCUUAGCAUUAGUUUUCAGGGAAUCAAAAGAGACUGUGUCUGAAAUUGAAGAUGCUAUAGAAUCGUUGAAUGGAGUUGUGCACUGGCACACUGUUAGCCUCCACUUGUUUAUUGAUGGACAAGAAAUAUGUGGUAGAGAUUACCACUAUCUCAACGUUGGGGAAGAUCAUGUGUUAUUGUGUGAUCUACGCAUUUUGUUUAAUGAUGAAGAGUGGAAUGACAUUGACACGAGUUUUGGAGAUGAUUGGAAGGUCAUUCAGAUUCAAUAUGAUUCAAGCUUGAUUCUGAAUAACUGGGGAGUUUAUGUGCACAAGCAAGAAACAAACAUGGAUGAUAUCCAGUUCAGGCUUCCCACUCCCAGCUCCACUAGGGACUACUUGCAAAUGCAAUCAUCACUUUUGGUUCCAAAAGGAUCUCCAAAGCAGAAAAUGAGACAUAUGCUGGAAAGUUUUAAUCCACGAGACAUGUUUAGCAAGAAUUUGCCUCUAUUAGAAUCAGAAGAAGGUCCAGUGAGGUCUUCAAAUGUAUAUUUGAGGUCCUUGAGAAAUGCUAAGGCUGAAAUUGGAGCAGAAGCUUUAGCCUCUAACUUCGGGGCAAGUUUAAAGCAAGAACAUGAAGAAUCUGUUGAGGAUGUGGUACAAGUUUUAGAGAUGAUAAAGGAGAAUGUACCUAAACAUAUUGUCGAUUCUUACCCUGAAGAAAUACAAAGUGUAGGUGGAUUAGUGGAAAGAAUAUUAAGGGCACGUGUAGAAUUAAUGAAGGAAGAUGGGCUGGACAUAGGCAUGCCUAUUCUUCUAGAGUACACUGACAAGGGAGGAGCUACAAAAAGACGCUUUUGGGGAGUGUUGGAGAUAAAAGUAGGAGAUCCAUUUUACAAAGCAGUAUUGAGGAAGCAAAACCAACUUUCGUGGGAAUUUUGGACCGGCAAUGAAGCCUCAAUCUCUGGCUCUUGGUUAACAAACUUGAGGGUAACCAUUGUUCUAUUGAAAUGCCAGGGUUCAGCUAUAGAGGAAGCUUCAAGCUCUAGCCAUGGAGAAUCCUUGGAGGAUGAAUACUACAAUCCUGAAUUGGAAGAGUUACUGAGGAGAAUAGAGCAAGAUGCUAUGAGCUUGAAUAAAUCUUAUGGGAAAAUGAAGGCAUCUAUUGUUCGAACUGAUAAAUCAAUUUCUGAAGAGCAUCUACUUGAAACAAUAGCCUUUAGAAGACUAAUGAUAUUGGGAAAAUUGACAAUGUUUGGUUCCAUGACCAAGUUCAAGGUAACACCUUAUGGGAAGAUAAGGGUAGAGGAUGAUCCUCUGCGCACUCUAAAGACAUGCUUCUGGGUUUUGAUGAUGGUUCUUGUUGUCCUAAUUGUGGGGUUAUUUUGUUUUAUAGGGUAUGUGGGGCUUUUUAUUUAUAGGGUACCAACAAUAAGAAAGUUUCUAGUGUGGGGUUGGUGGCUUGUCAUGCAAAUUCUUGUGUCUUUUAAAUACUUGUAUCAAAGAAUUAGUAAGAUUGUGAAAAUAAAGGAGAAGGAAUUGUAGUCAAAUAGUGGCAAAAGGAUUAAAGCUUUGUCUACAAGGCCUCGCAUCUUUGUCUACAGUGGCUGAAUUGGGAGAGGAUUUUGCAGAAUCACACUCAGGAACAAUUUUCUCCUACUAUUACCAAUCUUUAUCUCAUUUGUCCCAUGGUAAGAGUAAAUGCUGAUUUUCGUUGUUCUUUGCUUGCAUGCAAUUCCCUUUUCCCAAGUGAACUUCGAUCGUGUACAGGAAUGACUGAGGUGACUGUACAUGAUGAUGGAUGAGGGUGAGUAGAAAGUGAAGGGAAAUCUUAUAUUCAAAAUAAGACCUUAAACAAUAAGAGGAAGUGUAAUGUACUAUAUUUUUUUCAUGAAUAUACUUUUAAUGGGUUAAUCAAAAUUAUCAUU